AUGGCUCAAUCAAACCAAGAAAAUAUCCCCCCACUCUUCACGACCCGCAAGAACAAAAUCAUAGAAGAGCUCGCCAUCCCAGAUGAAGACUAUACAGAUCUGUCACCGAAGGGCUCCGUCGAUCUAGGCGUGCGGGAUUUGAUCCGCGAUAUUAAUGCUUUGCCUGGCUUGGUCACGACGAGUAGUUGUGCGGGGCGCAUUAGUGUUUUUCUCGAGGGGAGGAGGGAUGUCGGUUCGUCUGUCGUGUCUGAGCAGGAGGGUCCAGUGAAAGAGGCAGAGACAGAGGCGGAACCAGAGGUCCGAGAUGAUCAAAGAGUUUUUGCUCCCUCCGGGGGGAAAGGUGCUGGGAGAUGGUUGUAUGUUUCGCAUGAUCCGUUUCCUGGGUUGAAGUCCAAUUUAUCGAAUUCGGGUUCGGAUUCGGCUCCGACUUCAUUGCAUGAAGCUUUUGGCUUGAUUCCUGGUGAUGGAAAACCGCCAGCUGUUAGUGCUGGGAAGUCGUUGAGACUUGUUCGUUUUCAUUAUGAUCCAUUGAUCCUCCACGUAAUGGCCGCCACCCUAUCCCACGCAAGUCCCGUCCUAGCCGCAGCAUCGGCCUCCGGCUUCCGCGAAAGCGGCCUGCAAAGCCUCCGCUGUCUCGAAGGAGAGGGUACCGGACCGAGUCCCAUCGUCGCCGUGCGCUCAGCCGGUCUCCAAUUCGAGUCUGUGAUUGGGUAUUGCGAUGACGAGGAUGAAUCAUCUGCCGGCGAGCCUUAUCUAGCCAUGCUGAUUGCUAUGUCGGAUGAGCGAUUUAAGGUUAAUUCUGAGCGCAGGGAGAGGUUUAGAGCUACUUUGCUUGAGGCUUGGAAGGGGAAGGGGAAGUCGAAGCCGGAGGAUUGGGAGGAUCCUGUUGCCCGUAGGGAGAGGAAACGGGCUGAGGGGCUGGCGAGGAAGAAGCUUUUGGAGAGCCAGAAGGUUCAAGAUUCUGGGACUGAGGUAGGGGUUGAGUCUGCUGGUCUAGAUCAAGAUGUUUGA